UAACACUUCAAGUGUUAGUGGACUCUUCAAAUAAUAAUUGAUCCAAUUUUAAUUUCAAUCAAAAUGUUGUUUAACAUUUUUUUGAUCUUUGGUAUGGUGGUUGCUGCUCAUGCGGGCAUCGAGGACAAUAAGCCUAUUCUUCCACUUGAUAGUGAUCUUGUAUCACUGAUCACGAGAAAGGGUGAGAUAUGUGUGAAGGAGUCAGGUGUCAGUCCAGCAAUUAUGCACAAUCUAUUACCAUGGAGGCUAGAAGAAAGUGAAGUUAACGGAAAAUUCUUACUAUGCCUCGCUAAAGAACUGGAAUUCCACGAGAAAGAUGGCAAACUUAAGGUGGACAGGUUCUUUGACCUCUUCCGUCAUUCCCUGAAGUCACUAGAUGUGGAAUCAUACAAGACAUUGUUGGAACGUUGUAACGAAUUAUCUGGUAAAAAUGCCUAUUACACUAUAUACAAAAUAGCUAACUGCUUCCAUACAAAUUCGCCUGUGAAAAUGGCAUUACACGUACUUGUAUUUUAAGAUAUACAUCUGUAAUAUACAUAUCAAAAUACAUACAUCUAAAUGCAG